CACCUCUGAUGUGUCCAGGGGUCCGUGUUUGUCUGAUCCCACCUCUGGUGUGUCCAGGGGUCCGUGUUUGUCUGAUCCCACCUCUGGUGUGUCCAGGGGUCCGUGUUUGUCUGAUCCCACCUCUGGUGUGUCCAGGGGUCCGUGUUUGUCUGAUCCCACCUCUGGUGUGUCCAGGGGUCCGUGUUUGUCUGAUCCCACCUCUGGUGUGUCCAGGGGUCCGUGUUUGUCUGAUCCCACCUCUGAUGUGUCCAGGGGUCCGUGUUUGUCUGAUCCCACCUCUGAUGUGUCCAGGGGUCCGUGUUUGUAUGAUCCCACCUCUGGUGUGUCCAGGGGUCCGUGUUUGCCCAGCUAUCUAUUUUGUAUUGCUUAUAGGAGUAAUGAGAUUGAUCACUGUUCGUUAUCUUCACCUUGUAUGUAUGCAGUUCACUCUGACGACUCUUUCCUAAAAUAUUACUUCCCAUAAAGCACGAAGGAUGAUUGAAAUUACUAACAGAAGUUUGCUUUAGUCUGUUGGUCAUUUUAGCGAUAAUCCAUUAUUCAUAAUCAUUUUUAUUUCUGGUGCGGUAUUCCUAUGGGGUCGUGAUAUGCACGACAAUAAAUGAACUUUCCAUUAACUCUGGUUUCCAUCAAAGUGCUAACCUAUCGAUCACUCGUAAUCAACUGAAUUUAUAAUUUCAUACUUCAGAAAAUUUGAAUAUAUUAAAUUUAGCGUCCUGCAUAGACUAUCUGUAGGCCUUGGCGCGAUGGACGGGAUAACUGUGAGGGUGGGACAAGAAGAAUUUAGAUUCACAGAAAAGUCUUUGGAAAAUGUCCCAGAUUCCUUUCUCAGCAAGUUGCAUUCUGAAAGAACUGAAAGUAAAUUGAUGUCCUUUCAUAGAUGCAAAGAUAGCUUUCGUGCAAUUCACGAAUUCUGUUUCACGGGGAAGUUGCAUAUUCCGAAAAACAUUUGUAUUGGGAAAUUCAAAGAAGAGUUGGUGUAUUGGGGAAUUGAUGAUUCGAGAGUGGGGGAGUGUUGCCUGAGAAAGAUAUAUGAUUACGAUAAUCAACAGAAAUCUUUGGUCAAAUUCAAGUCCGACUUUGGUGAAACCUGUAAACCACCCAAGAAAGAGAACGAUGAUGGAUUCACAGUGCAAUCUAUACGUAGCAGACUGUGGGAGAUCAUAGAUUAUAGAAAACACGAUAUUUAUGGGCAGGUAUUGUAUUUUAUUUUUUUUUUAUAAAAAGACGUGCUUUAUAUGAAAUAUUAAAUCUAGAUAUAAGAGUUCUUGAUUAAUGAUUUGAUUCAUUUGAUUUGUAAUUCUCUCUCUUCAUUCAUUUCCUUUAUCCUCUGUUUCUAUCGUACAGUAAUUUGCAAUGUCUAUUACAGAUAUAUUUGAUAGCAUCAACCUGUAUUGUACUAGCCAGUUGUUUUAUGAUUGCCGUCAGCACUCUGCCCGAAAUGAAAUCCACACUGAUCAUGGACUCUAGUGGCAAAAAUAGAACAGAUGGACAGUUUCCCAUGCAAUCUCCAGAGCCUAUGAGCUAUUGCAAGGAACACUUGGACUCUUUGAAUAGCACAAAAAUACAGCUGCUAAAAUGUGAAAACAAAUUUUGUAGCCUUUGUCGCAAAGUUCAAAAGCAUCUUUUGAAUACAGACAACACAUCGUGGCAGAAUGAUAUAAGGACGAAAUGCGAAAUUUGUAACAUUCCUGUAAUCUGGAAUGAUCUCAUGAAACUUCAACCUUUAGGAACGAAAAUAGCAAACUUAUCCACUAAAGCAGAAAAUAGUUUGCAACUGUUCGUCUUUGAGAUCAUUGUCAUGGUGUUUUUUACUGCCGAAUUUCUCUUACGUCUGGUAUGUUGCUCGAAUUUAAAGCUUUACUUCCGCAGCAUACUGAACACCAUCGAUGCACUGUCCCUUUGUGCAAGCUAUAUUCGAUAUGGAGUAUUCCUUUUUGAAAUAAAUAUAGCGGAAACACAAUUUGAAUUUAUACUUUACUUUCAAAUGUUUCGAAUCCUUCGACUUUUAAGAUCAUUAAAUAACCUGGUAGCGUUUCGGGUACUUAGGUACUCCAUACGUAACGGGAAAAAAGAUUUGGCACUGGUUCUUUUAUACAUGCUUGUAGGAAUGCUUCUUUUCUCGAAUUUUAUUUACUUUUUCGAAUCGAACGAUAUGUUUCCCUCCAUGUUCGACGCUUGGUGGUGGAGUAUCGUCACUAUGACAACUGUAGGAUAUGGAGACAUGUAUCCAACGUCUGUUGUUGGUAGGAUUCUGGGAGGCCUCUGUGCUAUAUACGGGGUUCUCAUGUUUUCUAUGACUGUUCCGAUCUUUGUAAACACAUUUCAUUCACUGUAUCAGUAUGCUGUGUUUACGGAUAUGAACUCACGGAAAGAUAAAAGAAAAAACAAAACACCAGCCAUAAUUACAACAGGAUUCAUUGAAAAUGAAAACGAGACUUUGUAAAUAACGUGUACUGUGUAAUUCAUAUAUAUUAGUUCCAAUACUUAGUAGAUCCGUGCUAAUAAUUUGGAUUGUAAUGUAUGGAUAUUAUUUAAGAUGUUAUCACGUUCAUAACCAAUUACUGGGUCUAUGUGCAAUGUCUCAUGGGUGUGUAUAUACAAUGUACAUGUAUUUGUGUAAAUAAUGUUUCUCAAUUCUAUUAUUUAUUCCAGGGUUGUGGUAACGUUUUAGAAACCGUGUUGAGUGUUUAGCGAUAUUACGAUAUCAAUAUUUGCCUUUAUUGAUGAGAAAUGUGAUGCCUCGUAUUUUUAAGGUGCUUUUCAUGAUUGAUAAAAUCGUCUAAUUAGAAUUAUUUACUUUUAACGAUUUAAUAAAUCUGGUUGAUGUAAUAUGAAAUAGUAUAUUAUUUUUUAAAUCUUCUUGAUAUGAUAUGCAGUAGUUUUGCAUUUGGUGUCAGUUUAGAAAAUGCAGAAAUAACUUUCGUUUAUUAUUCAUGUACAUGUAUGUACAAAUAAUUAAAAUAUUCACUUUUGUUGAAAUAUUUGAAGAGAUCCAAAGGGUAGAGGCUAAAUGGUAAUGGAUGAUAAAUAUUGUAAU